AUGGCCAGGAUAAGUUUUUUUAAAUUUUUAUUUUUAUCAUUUUUUAUUUCAAUUUGUUUAAUGUCAUCAUAUUUAUUGAUAUCCAUCAAUAAUAUUGAAAAUGAAAAUGAUAAAGUAAAUGUUAAUACAAUAAUAUCUCAAUCAAGCCAAGAAACAAGUAUAGAAAACAUUUUUAAACCUCAAAAGAAAUUAGUGGUUUUGGAAAGAGAAGUAAUAAAAGAAGUAAUAAAAGAAGUAUGUGCAAAUGAUAUUAUUACACAUGAAAUUAAAAAUUCAAUUAAAAAUCAAGACAAAUCACUCAUUAGUAGUAAUCAAGAAAGUGAAAGUUUUAUAGAAAAUUAUCAAGGAUUUAAAGACAAACAAUCAAUGAUCAAUUAUUUCCUUACAUAUCAAAAUUAUUAUAAUAUUGAAAAAUAUAAAGAUAUCACAUAUAUUGAUACACAAAAAUAUAAUAUUUCAAAAUAUUCAUUCCCUGAAUUAACUCAAAAACAGAGUACUUUUAUUCCAACAAUUAAAGAAAUAAUUAAUAAAAUUGAAUCAAUUAAAACUGUUUACCACAAUUCAAAUAUUAAUCAACAACAACAACAAUAUCAACAUUAUCAACAACAUUAUCAACAACAACAACAACAACAAUAUAAACAACAACAACAACAAUAUAAACAACAACAAUAUGAACAAAGAACAACAUUAAGAGGUGAUAUAAAUGAACAACAUCAAAUUUUUCAACAAAAAGGAGUGAAUGAAAUUGCAAAUAAAGUUGACACUUUAGGUGGAGUAUCUCCUCAACCAAUAUUAAAUGGUCAAAAUCAACAAAAUCUAUUAAAUAGUCAAUCAAAUACUUUUAAUGAAAUUGGAUUUAAUAGAAAUAAUGAACAUAUUAAAUAUGCAAAACUAUUAUUUAGAGCAAGAGUUUGGUCAGAUUUCUAUUCAGAUUAUUGGAGAGAAAAAGACUUUAUUCAAUUUUCAGAAAAUAAUGGAAUAAUUCCAUUUCAACCACCAAAACUUUUACUACCUUUGGAUACUUCAAAACCAUUAUUAAGUAAACCUUACUUAUUUUUACAUAUAGCAAAAUCUGGUGGUUCUUCAAUGUAUUUUCAUUUCAAUAGGUUUUUUGGUAGCGGCGUUUUACAACAAUGGAUUCAUCCAAACCCAAAUGAUUAUUUAAAGGUUAGACAAUCAAAUAAUGUUGUAAUUGGUCAUUUUGACUAUGGAAUUCAUUAUGUUUUAAAUGAAGAAACUCAAAAAACUUGCAAUUAUUUAACCAUAUUAAGAGAUCCAGUUGAAAGAGUUAUAAGUCAUUAUUUUUAUCAUUUAUUUGAUAAAGGUGAUCCAGAACAUUCAGGUACAAAGAAUAAAACUCUUGAAGAUUGGAUAAUUUCAUCAGUGCGUGGAAAUAAUGAAAUGACUAGAGUGUUAUCUGGUAUCACAAAGGAAGAAGAAUUCAAACCAUCAAAUGAAACAUUUCUUAUGGCAUUGUACCAUUUACGUUCAAUGAAAUUCGUUGGUAUCACUGAAAGAUUCACUGAAACAUUGGCACUUUUGAAAUUUUAUACUGGUUUUGAUAGUCCACUUUUAAAUAGUAAAAAGAAUGUUGGUAAACCAGGAAGAACACCUGUAUCACCUCAAGUAAUUGAAAAAAUUAAAGAAAGAAAUUGGAUGGAUAUUUUAUUAUAUGAAGAAGCUUUAAAAAUGUUUGAAAGACAAAUUGAUAUUAUUUUUUUUAUUCGAAAUAAUCGUUUGUUUGCGAACGAAAUGUCAAAAAAAAAAAUAAUUUUAAAAGUAGAAAUAAUAACAAAUUAA